GUUUCCGGAUCGUUGCCAUUUAAAUGUCACUUCGCUCUCCUACUUUCCUUUAUGUUAGUAAGUAAUAAGUUUUAUUUAGAUUGUAUCGCUUCGGAACAUAUCAGAAACCUAACUUUUGAUAAAAAACAUUUCAAACACGCUCUAAAACAUGAUAUUACCUUGAAGUGAUUCGAUUUUCUCUCAAGUUCUUCAGACUUCUGAUCCUUAAGGUUACGUUUCCCAAAGUCGGCGAAAUUUCAAUACGAAAAUGAUCUAAAAAACGUAAUUUAAAAGACGGAAAAUACAUUAGAAUGACAAUGAGUAUGCCGAUGAUGCUAUUUCGGACCCUCGCGAGGUCAAAAACUCUGAAGUAUUUCGUGGACAAGUCUCUGCAGAGACAUAACCUUAAACCCAAAACUAGAUUAUUUUCAACUGGUGCAGAAACGCCUCAAACUGAGGACCUAGUGUGCAACGUCGGGACGAUAGGUCAUGUGGAUCAUGGUAAAACGACCUUAACAGCAGCUAUCACGAAGUAUUUGUCCGAGGUGAAUAAAAGCUGCAAGUAUGUUUCUUAUGAGGAGAUCGAUCGGGCGCCGGAGGAAAAGGCCAGAGGAAUUACGAUAAAUAUUGCUCAUGUUGGAUAUUCUACGGGAAAGAGGAGAUAUGCUCAUACUGAUUGUCCAGGACAUGCCGAUUUUAUUAAAAAUAUGAUCAGUGGCGCUUCGCAGAUGGAUGGUGCGAUUUUAAUUGUUGCUGCUGAUGAUGGGCCCAUGCCACAAACUAAGGAACAUCUUCUCUUGGCGAAACAAGUUGGAGUAAAGCAUGUCGUCGUUUUUAUUAAUAAGGCAGAGAUAGCAGAUGAAGAAGUGCUUGAACUAAUAGAAAUCGAAAUGCGGGAAAUGUUAUCGAAUUUCGGAUUCGAUGGGAUAAAUACUCCAGUGAUAUGGGGAUCUGCCCUUCUAGCUCUGAAAGGCGACACUUCCAAAUUUGGAAUUCCAUCUCUGAAAACUCUGCUUGAUGCCUUAGACAACUAUCUUCCGAAUCCCACGAGAGAUUACACUUCUCCCUUUAUUUUACCAAUAGAUAACAGUUUCAACGUUCCUGGUCGAGGGACCGUAGUUGUUGGAACAAUAAAGCAAGGAAUCAUGCAGCGGAAUGUGCAUUGCAACCUUCUCGGCUUUAAUGAAAAUUUUAAGACUUCUAUUUCUGAUAUUCAGAUUUUCCAGAAAAGCGUAAGCACGGCAAAAGCGGGAGAAAAUGUAGGAGUUUUAGUAAGAUCAGUAAAACACAGUAAUGUCCGAAAGGGAAUGUUGUUGUGCCCUAUCGGUUUCCAGACAAUUAGUAAUCACUAUGAAGCUCAAAUGUAUUUAUUAUCAACCUCAGAAGGUGGAAGGACGAAACCUCUUCAGGCAAAUGGAUACUGCACACAAGUGUACAGCGCAACCUGGACAAUAUUCGGAAGAUUCGACCUGGUUCUCCCCCAAGGAUCAAAGAUCUUAAUGCCAGGAGAGCAAACAACAACGAGAAUAACAUUCCUCGAACAAAUGCCCAUGACCGUAGGCCAAAGUUUCACUAUUCGAGAGAACAGAUCGACUGUGGCAACUGGAAUCAUCACAAAAGUCCUGCCAUCCAUUCGCAUUGUCAACGGGAAACUAAACAAAGUGCAGAUACCAGGAAUUCUACCUUAGUUUCUGAAACCAAAACACUUGUACAGAGUGAGAUACGAAAUGUUAAGUUUAGACUUUUAGACCAUACGAAAAUAUAACAUUUUUGUUAUUA